AUGGCCGGCGAUUCCAGCUCUGGGGCAACAGCAGCCUUAUCCAAGCUUUCCCUCGACCAAUCGAAAACAAAACCCGCCGCUUCCAAGACAAAGAAGCCAGCGGUCGCCGACUCUUGGGAAGACGAAUCCUCCGAGGACGAAGGAGAAGGAGCAAGAAAAGAAGAGCCACAAGAAGAUAGAGGAGAUGAGAGGCCAAAACCACCCACCUACAACCCAUCAACCCCAGCCCAGUCCUCUGGCUUUGCCGCGCCCCCACCGACGCCCAGCACACCCUCAUACAAUGCAGACGCAUCAUGGAAGUCAAUGAUGGGAGGUGCAGGAGGAUCAUCGGGCCCCGGGUCUCCAGAAGACGGCCGGAAGCGGCCAGAAAAGACCGACGCCGUGGCCCGGCGCAUGAUUGCCAGUGCCCUGGGCGUCAAAGCCCCGCGGCUGACGGACGAGCAGCGGGCCUACGACCGGGCCCUGCGCGACAAGGAGCGCAAGCGCCGCGAGGCCGAGAAGGAGGAGGAGAAGAAGAGAAAGGAGGACGCGGAAAAGGCCAAGCUUGCCAUGUGGGAAGACUGA